UAAGUCAACUUCCAGACAGAGUUACCCAACCUCCAUGACCGCCUCUCUAGUAAAGAAGGUAGAAAAGCUCACCGGUGAAUAUUCUGAAUUUCCUUCAGUCUAGAGUUCUCAGAAAAUAAAAGGAAUUGAGAAGGACUGGAGAUGUUAAGACCCUGUCAGUUUGUCCGUUGUUUCCAUCGCAGUCUACAUGUGGUGUCCGUCACUGGAUCCUCCCCCCAGGUCCAGCAACCCUUGAACUUCCUCCAGGGUAAACGCUGUGAUCCUACAGAUUCUGCGAACAAAUUCGAUUUAAAGUAUCCAGCAACAGAUGAAGUUUUAAGACAAGUGCCUUCCUCGGGUCAGAAGGACGUUGAUGAAGCCGUGGGUCAGGCCAAGGAGUCCUUCAGGUCAUGGUCGAAGCUGUCAGGAUUUGAACGGGGCAAUGUGUUAAAGAGAACAGCAAACAUUAUAAGGGAGCAGCUAGAAAAGUUUGCCCAGGCUGAGGUAUUAGAUACAGGGAAACCAAUCUGGGAGGCGAGGUUUGAUAUCGCGGGGUGUGCCGAUACCAUCGAUUACUACGGGGGACUAGCUGCCAGGAUCUCAGGAGAAUUUCUACCUUUAUCCAAUGGAAGCUUUAGUUACACAGUCCGUGAGCCUCUGGGAGUGGUGGGGGGUAUAGGGGCCUGGAAUUACCCCCUUCAGAUGGCCUCCUGGAAGUCAAGCCCCGCCCUUGCCUGUGGUAACACCUUUGUGUUUAAACCUUCACCUUUGACCCCUCUGACAGCUGUCAUGUUAGGAGAAGCUUAUAAGGAGGCGGGGCUUCCUGAUGGCUGCUACAGUGUGAUACAGGGAGAGACUGAGACAGGACAGCUGAUAACCUCUCACCCUGAUGUUGCCAAGGUGUCAUUCACUGGUAGUGUGCCAACUGGCAGCAAAAUUAUGGCAACCUGUGCCAAGGAUAUAAAACAUGUAACUCUGGAAUUAGGAGGGAAAUCCCCCUGUAUUAUUUUUGAGGAUGCUGAUCUCCACAAUGCAGUAUCUGGAGCCAUGCUGGCCAACUUCUUAACACAGGGACAAGUUUGUUCCAAUGGAACACGAGUGUUUGUUCACAAGAGCAUUAUGGGACCAUUUCUGGCACAGCUGGUAGAAAGGACCAAACGUAUGAAGAUUGGAAAUCCAUUCCAUGAUGAUAUAACCGUUGGAGCCACCAUUAGCAAAGAGCAGUUUGACAAAGUCAUGCAGUACAUUGAAAUUGCUAAAAAAGAGGGUGCGUCUGUGGUGUGUGGGGGUGAGAGAGUACAUCCUGACCCUAGUUUGGGGGGAUAUUUUGUCAGCCCCUGUAUACUGGUCAACUGUGAGGAUCACAUGACCGUAGUCAAGGAUGAGAUUUUUGGAUCUGUCAUGUCCAUAUUGACCUUUGACACAGAGGAUGAGGUCAUCAGUCGAGCCAACAAUACAGAGUUUGGACUAGCUGCUGGGAUCUUUACAAACAACCUUCAGAGAGCAUACCGAGUAGCUUCAGCGUUAGAGGCAGGGUCACUCUACAUUAACAACUACAAUGUUUAUCCCGUGGGGGUCCCCUUUGGAGGAUACAAGAAAUCAGGGUUAGGUCGAGAAAAUGGCCCUGACACAUUGGACUAUUACACACAGGUUAAAUCUGUCUAUGUGGAAAUGGGCCCAGUGGAAGCUCCAUUUUAAAAUUAUAUCAAGAGUUUUAAGUCAUGAUGUGCAAGGUUUUAUGUUUACUGACCAGGAAUUUGUGCUCAUUCAGAAAAUAAUAGGGUAAGAAAAUACACACUUCUGAUAAGAUUGAAGUGUGUAUUUCCAUUCAAGAGUAUAAUUGCCCCCAAUUUUUUAUCCAUCAAAAUUGAGUUGAAGCAUACAUUUUCAUUCAACUUCAUAUUAUUCAGAACAAUUAUGAUUAUGAUCAAUGUAAAAUAUGAUGUGUUAUUAUAGUUUGUUAUAAU